UUUUAGUACCGGUUCGCGACUCGUGGUGACCGCGCUUCGCUGUUCGCGUAAUUUGUGUUUUGUUUGAUUGAGUUAGUUUCAUUUUUUGUUUGCAGUGUUCUACGUUACGUUCUUAUCAGUUCUGAAGUGAAUAGCAAAAAGGAAAGAAUGGAGCAAUCGAUUGGUGGGAAGAAAACUGACGACGAUUCCGAUACUAGUCCACACGAUUUGGAGAUGGGUUCUGAUGUGGAGUAUAACAACAUAAACCUGAGCCUGGCGACGCAUUUGGCCGGAGGGACCCACUCGUUUACGCAAAUGCAGGGCGACCUCGAUCGGCAGCGACUUCUGGGCGAUCGACCCCGGAUGGUGUACGAAAGCGUACUGGAUGAAGGUCUCGAAGGGAUCGAACACCAAGAAAGGUGA